AUGGACAACCCCCUAACCUCGGCAGAGUUGGAAGUCGCUUGGCGUCCCAUCCUAUCGGUGCGAGACUUGACCCUCAGCGAUCAAGACUUGGACAGAAAUUGCCCCCUCACUCUACACCGUCGUCGCAAGAAAGCAAAGUAUGGCCUCGGAAGACUUGAUGUUCUUCCCUUCGAGAUUCUCAACAUGAUUCUACUUCACCUGGAUAUACAGUCCUGCAUGUCACUGCAACGGACUAACCGUCGAGGAUAUGACACAGUACAUGAAAUGCCGCAGCUCAAGGCUAUCAUCCAACACUGCCCAGAUGUUCUACGUGGGAUUCUCAGUACUGAGAUGGCUCCCUUUAUUGAAUGCCAACAGCUAUUCAACAAACUCACCUCCCCUACCUGUGAGACUUGCAACGACUUCGCCGGGUACCUAUACCUUCUUACGUGUACUCGUGUCUGCUUCCGCUGUUUUACCCGGCUUCCCAACUAUCUACCUAUUUUGAAAUCUGAGGCUUGUUGUCAAUUUGGUUUCUCUACGACUGACAUAAAGCGGCUACCAUAUUUGAAGAGCGUCCCUGGUCACUACACCAUCAACAGAACGAGCUGCCGUAAACGGCUUAUUCUCAUUAAUACAGACACUGCUCAGCAGACCAGCACUGUCAUUCAGGGCCGCGCCUCUACCAUAAGGCCAUAUGGCACAUUACUCGCUGAACAGGGAGUGACAGCAUAUACUCAAAGGAGAGCCCAAAGAGCGGAAGAAGCGAGGUCGCGGCGCCCGGAAGCACCUCAUAUCAAGGCACCUCAUGAUACCCUAGAGUAUAAUCCCAGGAGGUUUAUGGCGAUUGUUGAAAUACCUUACCUCGACCUUCGGAACGGAAGAGCAGAUUGGGGGAUUUGCUGCUACGCUUGUCGAAAUGAGUUCGGGAACCUCAGACACUCGAGACGUCAAUUCUUGAUCGCUGGCUUCAGACAACACAUGCGGCAAUGUGGCGAAGUUAUCGACAACGAACACGUGGGCGCAACAGGCGAGGCCAACGACGACCAACAAAAAUACGCUUCUUUGCUUCAUUGCGUAAGAUUUUACCAAAUGCUGAAUAUUAUUGCACAGUUGUUCGGUAGCAGAGGGGAUUUGUCCCCAAUGGCCAUCUACGACCGAAUUCAAAUCCUCAACCUCGAGGUGGACUCCGAGAAUGUGAGCUAUUACCGUAUCUUGGUCGAUGGCAAAUCAUUUAAAUAUAUCACAAUUGAUGCUGGCGUCUACAAUCCGAAAGAUAUGACAUGGGAUAGUAUGAUCAUCCCACAGCUGCCACUAAUGCCCGAAGGCGACUGGAACGAGGGGCAUGUCGCAAGCCACCCCGAGCAAGGAACCCCUUAUUUCUCUCGAUAUGCAAAGGUCGAGCUUCCGACGAUCGUCAGUAUAUGGCAUCCGGUGCAGAUAGAUUGGCUCGAACUGGAGCGAGCGCAACGACUUCGAAGCAAUGUUUGUACUGCGACCCUAAAGGGGAAUAUUGGGGAAAUGAGGGCAGGACAUGAAGUUGUCAUCAAAUUUGCAAGGUUUCCAUGGGAAGUCCAGUACUUCGAGGAUGAAACAAGGUUUUAUGAACGUCUUGAUGGGCAAGGGAUCGCACCACAAUUCCUGGGCCAUUUAACAGAAGAAGGAAGAGUCGUUGGGCUAGUGAUCGAGUACAUCAAAAACGCGCGACACGCCGGUCCAGAAGAUGUGGGUGAAUGUGAAGAUGCUAUGAGGAACUUGCAUCUGCUAGGCAUGUUACAUGGUGAUGUGAACAGACACAAUUUUCUUGUACGCGAAGCUGAUAGACGGAAAACCGUUACAAUUGUUGAUUUUGAAAAUGCGUCGGAGUGUACCGAGGCCGGGGUGUUUGAACAAGAAAUCGACCGUCUUCGGGAUGAGCUCCACUUAACUGACGGAAAGGGCGGCUAUCAUGUUGAAAUUGUCGAUGAGGACGACUAG